AUGUCGCGGCGGAUCCUCGAUGGCACAGUGGAGGAUCCAACGACCCGCCCCGCCGAGGCCUCCACACAACCCUUCAGAGAGACAUCGUUCUCCGGUACUCCGUAUAUGGCCGAUGACGGUCGACGCGCAAUAGCGUGGGAUUCUUCUAAGGCGUGUCUCAGGGCUGUAUCGGCCCGAAGGUGUUAUAAUGUUUGGAGUAGCUAUCAAUAUUUAGAACGUGUGGAUAGCGAUAUUGCAAGAAUGAUCCGAUGGCCCUUGGGAGUCUAA